AUUUCAAAAUGGCCGACUUCGUGCAAAAAGUGUGAUCAGGAAGGAGCGAUUUUUGUCGUAAAUGAUCUUAAAACGCCUGUGCAUCAGCCAAAAGACUAAAAUCCUUAGUAAACUACUUUCGGGACGUUGCUUCAACCAGAGACACCCAGGAAAGAGCCUGGACACCCACAGAAGACAAGUCGUGAGGCGGUUUUGCAAGGGACUAGUAUCGUGCAGUUAUGUCAGGCAGCAGUACGCAAGACAAGAAGCUGAUAGUCCUGGAUGUGGACUGUGGACAUGAUGACGCCCAGGCUAUCAUGCUGGCUCUCACACAGCCAAAUGUACAGGUACUUGGUAUCACCUGUGUAGCAGGUAACGUUGAUGUUGACCAGGUGUGUCGGAAUGUCCUCAGGGUCCUCAAGGUGUUUGGACGGCUAGAUGUUCCUGUAUACAGAGGAGCAAACGUCCCUAUCCUGGGAAAACUUGUCGACGCCCGGUACUGGCACGGGAAGGACGGACUGGGGGAUGUACCCGACCCUGACCCUCCCAGCGAGGAGUUGGUACAGUCCGAACAUGCCGUCAACGCCCUACUCAGGUUGUCAAAAGAACAUCCAGGUGAGAUCUCCCUUGUUGCGGUAGCGCCUCUCACAAACCUGGCCCUAGCCGUCAGGAUGGACCCACAAUUCCCUGCACGGCUCAAGGAACUGGUCAUCAUGGGAGGCAACAUCAAUGCAAGAGGCCGUGUGACGCCGACUGCAGAGUUCAACUUUGCGUAUGACAGCGCGGCAGCCCACAUGGUCCUGAGCAGCUACACGUGUCCUGUGUCAGACUUACCCUAUGAGAUUUGUCGCUUCAGCAGUGACUCUGGCAUCCCCUGGGAUGAAUGGGACAGGAUUAUGGGCAUCCCGACAGAGCGCGGGAAGUUCCACGCAGCCAUCCUUGCCACGAGUGUUGAGCGUGAAAAGGCUGCAAAGUCGUACGGCCCUCACUACCACACCUGCGACCCCUUUGCCCUGAUCGUCGCGGCACACCCUGAGGUCGUGCAGGAGUCGGAGGACGUGUACGCCACCGUGGAGCUACACGGGGAGGUCACGCGAGGUCAGAUGGUGUGCGACUACCGAGGCGUCUGGAACAAGGAGCCCAAUCUCAGGAUCAUCAAGAAAGUCGACAUGAAGGCAGCAAUACAGAUGUUUCAUGAUGCCUUGCAGUAAUUUUUCUACUGCACUUUUUGGAUUGUUAAAGACUACAUGACACCAAAAUAGAAUGUUUUUGUU